AUGGCUGAGACCAGCACUGUCUUUGAGUCCAUCUCUAUGCCCAGUGCUUCCAACACGACCUCUGUGGCUGAGACCAGCCCUGUGUCCGAGUCCGUCUCUGCGCCCAGAGCUUCCUCCUUGACCUUGACAGCUGAGAGCAGCACUGUCUCCGAGUCCGUCUCUGCGCCCGGCGAGAGCAGCACCAUCUCUGAAUCCGUCUCAAUGCAAAGCGGUUCCAGCCCGACCUCUGUGGUCCAGACCAGCACCGGCUCUGAGUCCGUCUCUAUGCCCAGAACUUCCAGCCCGACCUCCAUGGCCAAAUCCAGCACUGACUCCGAGUUCGUCUCCUUGGCCACCGCUUCCAUCCCAACCACCAUGUCCGAGUCCAUCUCUCUGUCCAGCACUUCCAGCCCGACCUCUGUCACUCAGACCAGCACUGUCCUUGAGUUCGUCUCUACGCCCAGUGCUUCCAGCCCGACCUUCACAACCAAGAUGAGCUCCAACUCUGAGUCCGUCUCCUCCCCCAGAUCUUCCAGCCUGACCUACACGGCUGAGACCAGCACGAUCUCCGAAUCCAUCUCCACGCAAAGCGCUUCCAGCCCAACCUCUGUGGCUGAGACCAGCACUGUGUCCGAGUCCGUCUCUGGGUCCAGUGCUUCCAGCCCAACCUCCACAGCAGAGACUAACACUGUCUCCGAGUCCAUCUCUACACCCAGUGCUUCCAGCCCAACCUCUAUGACCAGCACCAUCUCCGAAUCCGUCUCCAUGCAAAGCGCUUUCAGCCUGAACUCUGUGGCCGAGACCAGCACCUCCAAGUCUGCCUCCUCGCCCAGAGCUUCCACCUCGAUCUCUAGGACCGAGACCAGCACCAUCUCCGAAUCCAUCUCCACGCAUAGCGCUUCCAUCCUCACCUCUAGGACCGAGACCAGCACUGCCUCUGUGUCCAUCUCCUCGCCCAGAGCUUCCAGCCUGAGCUCUAUGGCCGAGACCAGCACCUCUGAGUCCAUCUCUCCAUCCAGCACUUCUAGACCCACCUCUGUGACUCAGACCAGCACUGUCUUUGAGUUGGUCUCUACGCCCAGUGCCUCCAGCCUGACAUCCACAACAGAGACUAGCACCGGCUCCGAGUCCGUCUCCACACAAAGCGCUUCCAGCCCGACCUCUGUGGCCGAGACCAGCACUGUCUCCGAGCCCGUCUCCCUGCCCAGAUCUUCCAGCCCGAGCUCUAUGACCGAGACCAGCACCAGGUCCAAGUCCAUCUCCAUACAAAGCGCUUCCAGCCCGAUCUCUGUGGCUGAGACCAGCACCUCCGAGUCCAGCUCUCCGUCCGGCACUUCUAGACCGUCCUCUGUGACUCAGAGUAGCACCAUCUCCGAGUCCAUCUCCUCGUCCAGAGCUUCCAGUCCGACGUCCAUGACUGAGACCAGCAGCAUCUCUGAGUCCUUCUCCUCCCACACAGUUUCCAGCCCGAGCUCUACGGCUGAGUUGAGCACCAGGUCCGAGUCCAUCUCCUCCCCUAGAGCUUCCAGCCUGACCUCCACGGCGGAGAGCAGCACCAUCUCCGAAUCCGUCUCCACGCAGAGCGCUUCCAGCCCGACCUCUAGGACUGAGACUAGUACUGUCUCCGAGUCUGUCUCCUCGCCCAGAGCUUCCAGCCCGACCUCCACAGCCGAGAUCAGCACUGUCUCCGAGUCUGUCUCUAUGCCCAGAGCUUCCACCCCGACCUCUAGGACCGAGUCCAGCACUGUCUCCGAAUUCGUCUCCACGCAAAGUGCUUCCACCUUGAUCUCUGGGACCGAGACCAGCCCCAACUCCGAAUCCAUCUCCAUGCAUAGCGCUUCCAUCCUCACCUCUAGGACCGAGACCAGCACUGCCUCUGUGUCCAUCUCCUCGCCUAGAGUUUCCAGCCCGAGCUCUAUGGCCGAGACCAGCACCUCCGAGUCCAUCUCUCCAUCCAGCACUUCUAGACCCACCUCUGUGACUCAGACCAGCACUGUCUUUGAGUCGGUCUCUACGCCCAGUGCCUCCAGCCUAACCUCCACAGCAGAGACUAGCACCGGCUCUGAGUCCGUCUCCACACAGAGCGCUUCCAGCCUGAUCUCUGUGGCUGAGACCAGCACCUCCGAGUCCAGCUCUCCGUCCGGCACUUCUAGACCGACCUCUGUGACUCAGAUCAGCACCAUCUCCGAGUCCAUCUCCUUACCCAUAGCUUCCAGUCCGACAUCCAUGACCGAGACCAGCAGCAUCUCCGAGUCCUUCUCCUCCCAUGCAGGUUCCAGCCCGAGCUCUACGGCUGAGUCCAGCACCAGGUCCGAGUCCGUCUCCUCCCCUAGAGCUUCCAUCCCGACCUCCAUGGCCAAGACCAGCACUGUGUCCGAGUCCAUCUCCUUCCCUAAAGCUUCCAGCCUGACUUCCACGGCAGAGAGCAGCACCAUCUCCAAAUCCGUCUCCACACAAAGCACUUACACCCUGACCUCUAGGACUGAGACUAACAGUGUUUCCCAGUCCGUCUCCCUGCCCAGAUCUUCCAGCCCGAGCUCAGUGGCCGAGAGCAGCACCAUCUCCGAAUCCAUCUCCACGCAAAGCGCUUCCAGUCCGACCUCCACAGCAGAGACCAGCACCAGCUCCGAGACUGUCUCUAUGCCCAGAUCUUCCAUCCCAACCACCACGUAUGAGUCCAUCUCUCUCUUCAGCUCUUCCAGCCCGACCUCUGUGACUCAGACCAGCACUGUCUUCGAGUCGGUCUCUACGCCCAGUGCUUCCAACCUGUCCUCCACAGCAGAGACUAGCACCGGCUCUGAGUCCGUCUCCUCCCUCCGAUCUUUCAGCCUGACUUCCACGGCCGAGACUAGCACUGUCUCCGAAUCCAUCUCCACCCAAAGCGCUUCCACUCUGACCUCUAGGACCGAGACCAGCCCUGAGCCCGAGUCCACCUCCUCGCCCAGUGCUUCCAGCCCGACCUCCACAGCCGAGAUCAGCACUGUCUCCGAGUCUGUCUCUAUGCCCAGAGCUUCCACCCCGACCUCUAGGACCGAGUCCAGCACUGUCUCCGAAUUCAUCUCCACGCAAAGUGCUUCCACCUCGAUCUCUGCGAAAGAGACCAGCACCAACUCUGAAUCCAUCUCCACGCAUAGUGCUUCCAUCCUCACCUCUAGGACCGAGACCAGCACUGCCUCUGUGUCCAUCUCCUCGCCGAGAGCUUCCAGCCUGAGCUCUAUGGCCGAGACCAGCACCUCCGAGUCCAUCUCUCCAUCCAGCACUUCUAGACCCACCUCUGUGACUCAGACCAGCACUGUCUUUGAGUCGGUCUCUACACCCAGUGCCUCCAGCCUAACCUCCACAGCAGAGACUAGCACCGGCUCCGAGUCCGUCUCCACACAAAGCGCUUCCAGCCCGACCUCUGUGGCCGAGACCAGCACUGUCUCCGAGUCCGUCUCCAUGCCCAGAUCUUUCAGCCCGAGCUCUAUGACCGAGACCAGCACCAGGUCCAAGUCCAUCUCCAUACAAAGCCCUUCCAGCCCGAUCUCUGUGGCUGAGACCAGCACCUCCGAAUCCAUCUCUCCGUCCAACACUUCUAGACCGACCUCUGUGACUCAGAGUAGCACCAUCUCCGAGUCCAUUUCCUCGCCCAGAGCUUCCAGUCCGACGUCCAUGACUGAGACCAGCAGCAUCUCCGAGUCCUUCUCCUCCCACACAGCUUCCAGCCCGAGCUCUACGGCCGUGUUGAGCACCAGGUCCGAGUCCAUCUCCUCCCCUAGAGCUUCCAGCCUGACCUCCACGGCGGAGAGCAGCACCAUCUCCGAAUCCGUCUCCACGCAGAGCGCUUCCAGCCCGACCUCUAGGACUGAGACUAGUACUGUCUCCGAGUCUGUCUCCUCGCCCAGAGCUUCCAGCCUGACCUCCACAGCCGAGAUCAGCACUGUCUCCGAGUCUGUCUCUAUGCCCAGAUCUUCCAGCCCGACCUCUAGGACCGAGUCCAGCACUGUCUCCGAAUUCAUCUCCACACAAAGUGCUUCCACCUCGAUCUCUGGGACCGAGACCAGCCCCAACUCCGAAUCCAUCUCCAUGCAUAGCGCUUCCAUCCUCACCUCUAGGACCGAGACCAGCACUGCCUCUGUGUCCAUCUCCUCGCCCAGAGCUUCCAGCCCAAGCUCUGUGGCCGAGAGCAGCACUGUCUCUGAGUCCGUCUCCCUGCCCAGAUCUUCCAGCCCAAGCUCUGUGGCCGAGAGCAGCACCAUCUCCGAAUCCAUCUCCACGCAAAGCGCUUCCAGUCCGACCUCCACAGCAGAGACCAGCACUGGCUCCGAGACUGUCUCAAUGCCCCUAUCUUCCAUCCCAACCACCACAUACGAGUCCAUCUCUCUGUUCAGCUCUUCCAGCCCGACCUCUGUGACUCAGACCAGCACUGUCUUCGAGUCGGUCUCUGCGCCCAGUGCUUCCAACCUGUCCUCCACAGCAGAGACUAGCACCGGCUCUGAGUCCGUCUCCUCCCCCCGAUCUUUCAGCCUGACUUCCACGGCCGAGACUAGCACUGUCUCCGAAUCCAUCUCCACCCAAAGCGCUUCCACUCCGACCUCUAGGACCGAGACCAGCCCUGAACCCGAGUCCACCUCCUCGCCCAGUGCUUCCAGCCCGGCCUCCACAGCCGAGAUCAGCACUGUCUCCGAGUCUGUCUCUAUGCCCAGAGCUUCCACCCCGACCUCUAGGACCGAGUCCAGCACUGUCUCCGAAUUCAUCUCCAUGCAAAGUGCUUCCACCUCGAUCUCUGAGACCGAGACCAGCACCAACUCCGAAUCCAUCUCCACGCAUAGCGCUUCCAUCCUCACCUCUAGGACCGAGACCAGCACUGCCUCUGUGUCCAUCUCCUCGCCGAGAGCUUCCAGCCCGAGCUCUAUGGCCGAGACCAGCACCUCCGAGUCCAUCUCUCCAUCCAGCACUUCUAGACCCACCUCUGUGACUCAGACCAGCACUGUCUUUGAGUCGAUCUUCCAGCCCGAGCUCUAUGACCGAGACCAGCACCAGGUCCAAGUCCAUCUCCAUAGAAAGCGCUUCCAGCCCGACCUCUGUGGCUGA